CUCUCCCGUGAAAAACUGAUGAGUCAUUGAGUCAGUCACAUCAUCUUGCUUCUUGAACGCGGGACCCCGGCUCUAAAUUCUAAUCCUUUCCCCUCUUUCUGCUCAUUAUAAAAUCCCCCCAACUCCAAGUACACUUCUUUAAUCGAUCCACACUGAAAAUCCGCUCACCAAUCACCAUCAGGUCAGCAACAGAUCUCACCGACCCAGUAGAAGCAACGAUGGCCGCCGUUCCAAUCCCUACACGGCAGCUGUUCAUCGGCGGCGAGUGGAAGCAUCCCGUGCUGAAUAAACGCAUUCCCGUCAUCAACCCUGCCACCGAAGAGAUCGUCGGGGAUAUCCCAGCCGCUACUGCCGAAGAUGUUGAGGUUGCAGUCGAAGCAGCUCACAGUGCUUUCAAUAGAAACAGAGGCAAAGAUUGGGCUUUUGCCUCUGGUGCUUUCCGUGCAAAGUACCUGCGCGCUAUUGCUGCUAAGGUUGUAGAGAAGAAAGAAGUGCUAGCGAAACUUGAAUCAAUUGAUAAUGGGAAGCCUUAUGAUGAAGCAGCCUGGGACAUGGACGACGUUGCGGGGUGCUUCGAGUACUAUGCUGACCUUGCAGAAGGCCUGGACUCGAAGCAGGGGACUCCUGUUGCCCUUCCCAUGGAUACAUUCAAGAGCCACGUUCUCAGGGAGCCUAUUGGGGUUGUUGCAUUGAUCACUCCCUGGAAUUAUCCUAUGUUGAUGGCCACGUGGAAAGUGGCUCCUGCUUUGGCUGCUGGAUGCACUGCUAUACUAAAGCCAUCAGAGCUGUCAUCUUUGACCUGCUUGGAGCUUGCUGCAAUUUGUCAAGAGGUUGGUCUGCCCAGUGGUGUACUCAACAUCUUAACUGGAUUGGGCCCUGAUGCAGGUGCUCCUUUGGCUGCUCAUCCCAAUGUUGACAAGGUUGCAUUCACUGGGAGCACAGCCACUGGUAGCCGUAUAAUGACUGGUGCAGCAAAACUAGUCAAGCCUGUCUCCAUGGAACUUGGUGGGAAGAGUCCAAUUGUUGUGUUUGAGGAUGUAGAUCUUGAUAAAGCUGCUGAAUGGACUGCCUUUGGAUGCUUCUGGACAAAUGGGCAGAUCUGCAGUGCUACAUCUCGUCUUAUUGUACAUGAAAGCAUAGCGGCUGCAUUUCUUGAUAGGCUUGUCAAAUGGGUUAAAAACAUCAAAAUAUCAGAUCCGAUGGAAGAAGGUUGUAGGCUUGGUCCAGUUGUUAGUGGAGGGCAGUAUGAGAAAAUUUUGAAAUUCAUCUCAACCGCUAAGAGUGAAGGUGCCACUAUUUUGACCGGUGGCGCUCGUCCAAAGCAUUUGAAUAAGGGAUUCUUCAUUGAACCAACUAUUAUUACUGAUGUGACCACCUCUAUGCAAAUUUGGAGAGAGGAAGUUUUUGGUCCUGUUCUCUGUGUUAAAACAUUUAGCAGUGAAGAGGAGGCCAUUGACUUGGCAAAUGAUACCCACUACGGCCUGGGUGCUGCAGUGAUCUCCAAUGAUGAGGAGAGGUGUGAUCGUGUAAGCAAGGCUUUUCGGGCAGGCAUUGUGUGGGUUAACUGCUCACAGCCAUGUUUCUGCCAAGCACCAUGGGGAGGCCUCAAACGUAGUGGCUUUGGACGUGAACUUGGGCAGUGGGGACUUGAUAACUACUUGAGUGUGAAGCAAGUGACCAAGUACAUCUCCAGCGAUCCAUGGGGCUGGUACCAACCUCCAUCAAAGCUGUAAGAGUUCUACAAACAAUUGAACUACUCCAAACAACUAGAAUAAAAGGGAGAGCCAAUCCAUUCGUUAGUUUAGUGAGUGAGGAAGUCGAGUGUGCUUUCAAAUAGAUCCAAUGUGAAAAUAAUGGCGCACAUCUCUACAACUGAGAUCUAAAUCAGUCUCUGCAGUCGGAUUUGUUCAUUGUGCUUUCUGUAUCAUUUUCGACCCAUAGUUAAAUUAUCCAACUUUUCACUCAGGUCGUGAACCCCUUUCAAGCCUUGUGCUUGAAGUCUGCCACGCCCCCUUCCGACGGGCUUGUUUCCAAAUUCCAACUCCCAAGCAGAGAGAAGUUUGGCAAAAUACCAUUCCAAAUGCAGCCUUAGCCUCUGUAGACUGUACUCUGAUAAUUUCUGUACUGUGAUACAUAAUUACAGUUUCUAUCCUAGCUGCCAUGGAAUUAUAGUAGCCACUCCCAAUUAUGAUGGAUCUCCAGUGAUUCUGUUCAUAAACUUUUUGUUGAUUGCAUAUCCCUGAGAUGGGAAGAUCACUUUGGGUCUUCAUGUUCAAACAAUUCGUCCCGAGAUGUUGUUUCAUGUGCGCAUCAUUAGGAACCUUCAAUCCUUCAUAAAUAACAAUCAUUUUCAAAUCAUACACCCUCAAGAGUUGAGAUAUACAAGGCGAGAAUAUGUUGGUUUGGG